GGGGGUAGCAGGCAAUAAAUGUGAGUAACAGAAGAAGGCGGUGGAUUGUCUCUCACAACAAGAUAAUCAUAUCAUCUUGGCUCGUUCUCAUUCUUCAUUCCUCAUACUACCCAUUUGCGAUCAAUCAAUCUUCUCUGUUUUCAAAAACAUUCCAAUAAUGGAGUCUUUGUCUUUUUCUUUGCACUCAAACCUCCAUUCCCUUACUUUGCUGCAACAUUCCAAUCAAAACAAGAAGCGCCGCAAAAUCACACACCAAAACUCCUCAGCUCUCACUCCCUGGACUUCCCAUACCGAACACCGCCUCUACUCUUCCAACCUCCUCCACGCGCUCCGCCGCAACAGCAACCCUACCGCCGCCCUCCAAGUCCGCGCCGCCGCAGACCGCGUCCUCGCCGCCACUGCCAAAGGCCGAACUCGCUGGAGCCGCGCCAUUCUCGCAAAUCCGUUCGGCCGGUGGAGGAAGCAGAGGCAGAGGCACCACAAGAAGGUCAAGAACUGCUCCGCCAACAAAUGUAUGAAGAAGACCACGCCGGAGAUUCGGAGAAGGUUACCGGCGGUGCAGAAGAAGGCGCGCGUUCUCGGAAAGUUAAUCCCUGGUUGCCGGAAGGUGUCGUUCCCGAAGCUUCUAGAAGAAGCCGGUGACUAUAUUUCAGCGUUGGAGAUGCAAGUGCGAGCCAUGAAGGCUCUCGCAGACCUUCUCCCCACCGGUGCUCCGCCGCCAGAUCCGAUCGGUUUAAGUUGACCCAAGUUGUUCAUUUUUAGGUGUUUCUUGGUAUAUCGUUAAUAUUGGUUUUCAGAUUUCAGUUCCAUCUUCGCCACUUUUUUUUUUUUUUCUCUCCUCAUUUUUUAUUAUUUCAGUUAAAGAAGUUAUAAUAGACAAUAAUAUAUGUUCUAUAUUGUUAUACA